AUGUCUUCUGGCUUCAAGGUUCCGCUGCACAUCGCGCUGCUGUGGAUGGUGAUUCUCCAGGGACAAGGCAGAUACAUAGAGAGCAACGAUAUACACGAUAACCCGUUUGGGCUUCUAAAUUCGGAGAUGAAGCGAGAACUUUCUCAAGGAUACGUUUAUAGUCGAAGUCUGAAAUGUAUUGACAUGUUGAGUGUAAACGGUCAGUUCCAAUUCAGGGCAGAUAAACCACAGCUCAAUUGUGCCACCUUCUUCAUUGGCAAUCCUGAUGAAGUUAUCUCCUUGGAGUACAAUAAUGUCAACAUAGACUGUCAAGGUGGAGACUUCCUCAAGGUCUUUGAUGGCUGGAUAAUGAAGGGGGAUAUGUUUCCAAGCGUAAUGGAUCAUGCUCUCCCCAUCUCAGAGCGCUAUGUUGAUUUUUGUGCUGGCAGCAACUUCAAGACAACAAUCAGGUCUUCUCAAAAUGUAGCAAUGAUUUUCUUUGGAAUUUAUAUGGCUGGAAAUGGAUUUUCUUUUACAAUAAGGAAAUUAAUCAAUCCUUUCCCUUGCAACAUGAUUUCCCAGACACCUGAUGGAAGAUUCACGAUGAUCAUUCCUCAUCAGAGGAGAAAUUGCAGCUUUUCCAUCAUUUACCCAACAGUAGUCAAGAUCUCCGAAAUGACCCUGGGGCACUUCAAUGAUCUACAGACACCUGUUGGGAGCUGUGGUGGAGCAACUGAUUUUGUGCAGCUUUUGGGAGGAAAUACAUUAGACACCAGCAGGAUGCAUCCAGUGGCUGAAAUUUGUUAUUCAUUCAGUGGAUCAGCACAAAUGAAGGUCAGCUGUGACCACACCGUUGUACGUAUUGUGUCCAGCGGCCAGCAUAUAAAUCGUCUGACGUUCGAGUACCGGCAGUUGGGGCAGCAGGAGUUGGAGACACAGAAUGAAAAUGGGGUCGAGGAUUUCUGCUCCCCUGCAGACUGA